GACUGAGAGAUUGGCACCCCCGGGGCUCCCAAGCGGGAGGCCUGAGCGAGCUGGGCUCCAGCGGAGCCGGGACCAGCGGCCGUGGCUGGGACAGGUCUCACCGGCUGCCCCUCCGCGGGGAAUGGCGCGUAACCCGGGCGAUUUCAGGGGCUGGGAGGAUCGUAGGCUGCGCUCGGAGCCCAGAUGCUGGGCGCGCGGAGGGGUGAUGCAUGGAGGGGCGCGGAGUCUCGGGACAGAGAGGGAGGAUGAGCCCGAUGUGGGCAGAAUUCCAGUGAUCUGGACAGCACUGUGAAGGAGCCACAAGCAGCUUCCAGAGCACUGAGAUGGCACCAAAGACCAAAAAGGGAUUGAAAGGCUCCAUAGAUGAUGUCCUUGGUGGCCUCCUGGGGGAUGAGAUGACACCACCUGACAAACCUGUUGAACUAGCUUCACAUGCCAGAGACGCAGCAGGUGUAGCUCGGGCGCUGCCUUCCUCAAGGGCUGGAACAAAGUCCCUCCUGGAAGAUGAUGCCUUCAGCACUAUGGCAGGCCCUGCAGGAGCUGACGCUGAGGUUUCAGACAUCUCCGAUGCAGACCCGCAGGCCUUGCUCCAGGCCAUGAAGGAUCUGGACGACAUGGAUGCCGAUCUCUUAGGUCUGAAGAAGUCUAAUCUAGCCUCUAGCAAAAGACCUGCAAAGGUUUCGGGGAAAGAAGAGCUGCCUAGUGAUCCCAAACCUGCUGGCAUAAUACGAGCCAAAGAGAAAGGGGACGCCAUUCCCACCAAGAAGCCACCUCCCUCUCCCCGCAGCUUUGGCCAUCCGUACAGGAAGUUUUCCUUUGAAGACUUGGAAGACCCAUUGGCAGGGCUUCUUUCCGAUGAUGAGGGAGGAAGCGCCAAGAAGCCGCCUAGGACAGACAGUAAAAUAGCUUCCGAAAAGAUCCCAGCCCCAGUCAGAGAUCAAGGUCCCUCUAUUCCUCUAACUCCUGGGGACACCCCCGUCCGACAGAAAGACGAAUUGCUGUUUGACGAUGGGGACGACCUCAUAGCCACACUGGGGUUUGGAGACAGCCCCAAAGCAGAGAGGAAGCCGACGGGAGGCCAGGAAGGGCCCCGCCCCGCUCGCUCCAAGCUGGAUGAGCUGCUGGGUCGAGACACUGCCACCAAACUCCUGGCCUGCCCGGGCAGCGGGGAGCACAGAGAGUUCAAGCUGGACAAGAAGUACCAGAGGCCUCAGGACAAAGAAGAUCCCUGGGGUGACGAGGACUUCACCUUUGGGGCCUAUCAGCCCACCCUGGGCUCCUCUGAGGGCCGGCAGUCCCGCCGGCAGUCAGUCAGUAGGUUCUUAGAAGAAGGUGGCACAGACCCCAAGGGAGAACCAGGCUCCAAACAGAGCCCCCCAGCAGCGUCCAGCCCCACCCACACCAGGAAGGGAGGAGCUGACUGGUUGGGCCUCAAGGACGACGACGACUUGGACCUGCUCCCUCCCUCUCCCACCAGAGAGGCUCAACGGGGAGGCUCAGCACUGUCUACACCCUCAGUACCCGCCCCUGCGAACCAGCAUCCUGCCCCAGGCCGGCACUCUGCCCCAGCCGGGCUGCCCUCCUCCUCGCCGGCAAAGCUGCCAACUAAGGGUGCAGGUUCCCCUGCCAAAGCCAGCCAGCCUUCCCAGCUGGGAGCCUCUGAACAGAAAGAGGAGGAAGAUUGGCUGAGCCAUGCCUUGUCUCGGAAGAAGUCCCAAGGUCUGGCCAGAGAGGAGCGCACUGUGGCCUCUAAGGGCCGGAACUUGGAGGCAGCAGGCCACCCCCCUUCUAGAAGCCAACCUGUUGCCAGCACUCCAGGGCUCGAGCAAGCAGCUGCUGGAGGGACCUCAGGAACAGCAGCAGAAAAGCCACCUGCCAGGCCUGCGGCCAUGGGGUCCCCUGUGACUUGGAACCAGGCCACCUUGGCCCUCCGUGCAGGUGACCCAAAGAGGGCAACAGCCCCUGGAGACCUCUCCGGCACUGAGCCUGCUGUUGGUUUACCAAGCUCCCAGGAACCUGCGGGGCUUUCUGUGCCCAUCCAGUCCCUGCUCCCAGAGUCACUGGCACGGAGCCUCAUGCCGGGCACAGAAUACCAGAAGCAGCUCCUGGCUGCCCAGGCCCAGCUUCAGAGUGGCACUGCUGAGCUCCAGGCUGAGCUGCUGCAGAGUCAGACCCGGCUGGCAGAGCUGGAGGCCCAGGUGCGGAAGCUGGAGCUAGAGCGAACCCAGCACAGGCUGCUGCUGGAGAGUUUGCAGCAGCGACACCAGGCAGACCUGGAGCUCAUCGAGAGUGCUCACAGAAGCCGCGUCAAGGUGCUAGAAACAUCAUACCAACAACGGGAAGAGCGGCUGCGGAGAGAGAACGAGGAGCUGUCUGCCCAGUAUCUGUCGCACUGCCAGGAAGCCGAGCAGGCCCAGGCCGAGCUCACAGUCCAGCACCAGCGGCGCUUGGCGGCCGCCGCGCAGGAGAAGGACCAGGAGAUGGAACGACUCCGGGAGCUGCAGCGGGCCUCCAUCCUGGAGAUGCGCAAGGACCACGAGGAGCAGCUGCGGCGGCUGAAGCUGCUGAAGGACCGGGAGAUCGACGCCGUCACCAGUGCCACCUCCCACACACGGUCCCUGAAUGGUAUCAUCGAGCAGAUGGAGAAGUUCUCCAGCAGCCUGACUGAGCUGUCCUCCCGCGUGGAGGCCUCGCACCUCACCACCACCCAGGAGCGGGAGCUGGGGAUCCGGCAGCGGGACGAGCAGCUCCGAGCACUGCAGGAGAGGCUGGGCCGGCAGCAGCGGGACAUGGAGGAAGAGCGGAGCCGGCUCCACGAGGUCAUCGGGAAAAUGGAGGCACGCCUGAACGAGCAGAGCCGGCUGCUGGAGCAGGAACGCUGGCGGGUGAGUGCCGAGCAGUCCAAGGCGGAGUCCGCACAGCGCGCUCUGGAGGAGCAGAGGAAGGUCAUGGUCCAGCAGAUCGCCAUGGAGCGGGAGGAGCUGGAGAGGGCCAAGAGUGCCUUGCUGGAGGAGCAGAAGUCCGUCAUGCACAAGUGUGGAGAGGAGCGGCGACGCCUGGCAGCCGAGUGGGCUGAGUUCUCUGCUCAGCAGAAGCUGAGUAAGGAGCGGGCCGAACGUGAGGCAGAGCGGGUGCUGCAGGUGGACACCCAGCGGGAGGGCACCCUCGUCAGCCUGGCCAAGGAGCAGGCAGAGCUGAAGAUCAGGGCAAGCGAGCUGCGGGCCAAGGAAGACCAGCUGGCAGCCGAGAGGGAGGCUCUGGAGCGGGAGCGGCAGGAGCUGCGGCUGGAGAAGGAGAGGGUCAGCGCCGCCGCCCUGCGCACCAGGCUCCGUGCCGAGGAGGUGGAGAGCAUGAGCCAGGUGGCCUCGGAGAAGUAUGAGGAAGGGGAGCGGGCAUUGCGUGAGGCCCGGCAGGUGCAGUCGGAGCAGCAGGCCCGACUACGGCUGGUGCAGCAGCAGCAGGAGCAGCUGCGGCAGCAGGAGCAGCACAUGCAUCAGGAGCUUCUGAGUCUGGCCCAGCAGAGGCUGCAGCUGGACCGUGUCCGACAGGACCUGCCCUCUGGCCCCGUGGGGCUGCUGCCCAGGACCCAGGACCCCGCAGCCUCCCGCCUGAGUGCCUUUUCAGCCAUCAUGGCUCCUGCUCCCACCCCUCAGUACAGCCAGCCGCCAGCCAGCCUGGGCCCCUCGUACCUCCACGCCAAGCUGGUGCUGCUGAAACACACAGCUGAGCAGGACCGCGACUUCUUGGAGGAUGAACACUUCUUCCUGGAGACCCUGAAGAAAGCCUCCUACAAUAUGACAUCACAUUCAGCCUGAAGGGCCUUGCUGCCUCCGUGGUAGAGGCCGCAGACCUGAGGACUCUCUCCCACUGCCCCGCAGGCCGCCAGCUCUGGGGAAGGGGUGCCCAGGGCCUGAUUACAGCUCUUCCUGCGGACGGGGUGCAAGCGUUCUUUCUGAGCGCUCAAGCCCGUGGCUCAGGCAGGCAGGUGCCCCUGUGCCUCUAGGGCUCAGGGCUCAACAACCUCUGCGGAGACGCGACACCGAGAGUAUCAGCCCUCCAACGCUGUCAGCCACAGCUUUGGCUUUCCUGCCCACAGAAGUCCAGCUCAGAUCCGAGGGGCUGACUGGGCUCUGUGGAUCCCUCCCCUCCUCGUCUUGGCGGAGGGUUUGGGGAUCUUUGUUCUGGGCCUCUUCUGAGGGAUGCCCCGAGCAGCCCCCUGCCCUCCCUGCAAGAGAUGGCACAGGUCUUCUCCCUGAUGGGGACACAGAGUUGGGCCACACAUCUGAAGGGCCUUCUAGCCUCCUGGCCAAGGAAGUGGGAAGUGUUGCGGGGGCAGUGAGCUGCCAUGCCCAGCCAAGUUCUGUCUCGCAGUCUGCCCUGCCGUUGGGACUCAGCCAGCCCUUCAUGCUCUCAGCUUGCCUCACGCCAAGUCCCUGCCCCGUUCCCAGCUGCCUGAGGCACUGAUUAGCUCGCACAGACACUGACCUCAUUGGCUUCUUCUAAGAGACUCCCCAGAGGCAGGAGUGGGGGACUCUGGGUGACGGUGGGGGUGUGGGGAGGGACAGGAGAGAAGGCUUCUGUCUGUGCUGUUCACCUGCCAUGGCUCAUCAGAGUUUGUACUUAAAAAUGUUUGCUCUGUA